AGAGGAACAAAAGUCCGGUGUGGACUUAUUACUACACUUACAGGGCCAACCGUAGUGCCAGUGAACUUUUUAGUGGCGGUUCGACUAGAAAUAUGGGCGUAUGUCACUGCGAUGAUUUUUUCCUUUGGUCUAACCCAGCGAAGUCAAACGAUAAGAAAAUGCAGCAAAUAUUAUCUGACAUUUAUUUAUCAUUCGUUAUUCAAGGUGAACCACACGUUAAUGGCGUUGAGUGGCAGCCACUUGAUCCCAAUAAAACGAGAUUUCAAUAUCUCCGUAUAUCUAGCCCGAGAAACAUAAGUAUGGAUAGUCGUAGCAAUGUUGGACAUGAAGACUUUUGGAAUACAAUUAAUUUCGAUGAAAACAAAAUUUCCCCCACAACUUAACACUUCGUUACUAAAAUUUUUGUUUGUAGUAUGUAUUGUCAUGUAUGUGAGCGUGCGUGCCGACAUCUUCACUAUAGUGCGGUCACUACAUGUAGGUAUGUGUGAACAGUAUAGAGCA